CCCGGGGCCGCCGCGGGCUCGGUGAGCCGUUUCUCCCCGCGGGCCGGCAGUCUGGGCGCGCAGGGGCGUGAGCCCCCGCCCGGCGCGCAGCGGCACCAUGGGCACCGUGCUGUCCCUGUCCCCCAGCUACCGCAAGGCCACGCUGUUUGAGGAUGGCGCGGCCACGGUGGGCCACUACACGGCCGUGCAGAAUAGCAAGAACGCCAAGGACAAGAACCUGAAGCGGCACUCCAUCAUCUCCGUGCUGCCCUGGAAGAGGAUCGUGGCCGUGUCGGCCAAGAAGAAGAACUCCAAGAAGGUGCAGCCCAACGGCAGCUACCAGAACAACAUCACGCACCUCAACAAUGAGAACCUGAAGAAGUCGCUGUCGUGUGCCAACCUGUCCACGUUCGCCCAGCCCCCACCGGCCCAGCCGCCUGCGCCCCCUGCCAGCCAGCUCUCGGGCUCCCAGACCGGGGUCUCCUCCUCGGUCAAGAAGGCCCCGCACCCUGCCAUCACCUCGGCAGGGACACCCAAACGGGUCAUCGUCCAGGCGUCCACCAGCGAGCUGCUGCGCUGCCUGGGCGAGUUCCUGUGCCGCCGGUGCUACCGCCUGAAGCACCUGUCCCCCACGGACCCCGUGCUCUGGCUGCGCAGCGUGGACCGCUCGCUGCUCCUGCAGGGCUGGCAGGACCAGGGCUUCAUCACGCCGGCCAACGUGGUCUUCCUCUACAUGCUCUGCAGGGACGUGAUCUCCUCCGAGGUGGGCUCUGACCACGAGCUGCAGGCCGUGCUGCUCACCUGCCUGUACCUCUCCUACUCCUACAUGGGCAACGAGAUCUCCUACCCGCUCAAGCCCUUCCUGGUGGAGAGCUGCAAGGAGGCCUUUUGGGACCGCUGCCUCUCCGUCAUCAACCUCAUGAGCUCCAAGAUGCUGCAGAUCAACGCGGACCCGCACUACUUCACACAGGUGUUCUCCGACCUGAAGAACGAGAGUGGCCAGGAGGACAAGAAGCGGCUCCUGCUAGGGCUGGAUCGGUGAGCCCCGUAGCAUGCACCACGGCUCAAGGAUUCAAUUCAUUUUUAAAAAUUUAUUAUUAAAUCAGAUUUUAUGUACAGUGUGUGUCUAGCGAAGCCACCAAGGGCCGAUCCCGGCCCACCUGCAGCCCUGCCAGGGGUCUUCUUCAGCUCUGCCAAGGACUCUGGGCGCGUUUGAACUCCUGGACUGUGUGCAAAACCCAGAAGAUGCGUUCAGAGCCACCCAGGCCCCCGACCUUCGACUUUGGGGGAUUCCAAGGACUGACUUGCCUCUGUCGCCUGCGCCCUUGCUGGACCAGGGCAGAUUGGUGGCUUGGGACUUGGGAGAGGACCAAGAGAAGGGACGAGUCUUCCUCCAUGGCCCAUCGCCCUGGCUUUGGGGAACAAAGAGCAGUGUGAAGGCUCCAGAGAAUUCGCUCUUCCCAGCCCCCCAGGGAGUGCUGGAAUGGGGGGCGGGUGGGGAGGCAGAGGCUCAUGUUACAUAGGAUUAGGUCCCAGGUGGCUGCCAUCUCAGCACAAGCACUACUGAAAAUCACGUUAAAAAGAGCAAGCUGUGAAAUUGAGGUCGGCCCUAAGAGCCCGCGGCCAGCCCGCAUGUGCGGACGAGGGCCUGCCCAUGCGCGAGAGCAUUUGCCCCAGCUGUGCCCCGAGGCCCACGCCGGCAGUUCCGGGGCCGCCAGAGAAGCGGAUGCAGGGCUGGGAGGGCCCGCGGCCGCUGGCACAGACUUCACUGCAGCGCCUCUUCCUUCUCCGCUGGAUUGUCACCGGCCUGUCUGCUCAGAUCUGCUGCCACAUGUGACCUGAGGUAGGAGGCCCUGGAGGGCAGCGGGCCCUGGUGGCAUGGAAGAGGGUGGUUCGAUGCCGCGUCUCAAGAGGAGGGGCCCGUGUUUGCAGUCGCUUGUUCGGCGGGCUGAACCUGGCCUGAAACUGUGCUCAGUCACAUCCACAGGAUUCCUGUUUUGUGCGUUUCCUUCUCUUUCUCCAUAUUUAUUUUUUUUCUGUUCUGGAGGAGGUGCAGAGUCAGGAGUGGUCGGGGACUAAGGACGUAACUCUAGUUCCAUCCACGUGACAGCCGGGCGCGUCCCCCUCCCUCCCCUUGCACUGGUCAUCAGUAUUGUGUAAAGGAACUGAUACACUCGAGUGUGCAAGCAAUGAACCCGUUUGACAUGCUGACAUGCUGCUAUGAAGACUACUUUUAGAACAACAUAAAAAAAUACAGAAAAAAAAAACUGACAAAAAAAAAAACCCACCACCACCACCCCUUUAUUCUUUCAUUGUUGCUUUUACAGUGAUAUUGUGCAUGCCGACCAGGAGCAUUUUGUGUCUUAAGAAAAAUAAUCUUAGAACAGAUGGCUGUGAAAUUUACACCCGUGCACAGAACAAGUCACAGGAAUACUCGUUCAGGAUUUGGUUUUUCUCUUGUAAAGCCGAAGGGUUGAUAUAUUCUUUAAAUGCAGUUAUUAGGAGUUAGUUUCGUUCCAACAGUUGUUAAACUUGCAAUGAAAAGAAAAUGUGCCAUUUUUUUUUUCACUCGGAACCUUUUCAUAGCUGUAUAUUUGAAACUGCUAAUUACACAACGUGCGAUGUAUGUUGUUUUUUUUAGUGCAAUUUCUUCUGUAGCUAUUCUUUGACCAAACUGUGGGUAUUGUUAAUAUUAAUUUAUACUUGUCUCAUUUCGUAUGUAUGUGUAGUGUGUUUGUAAGUAUGUGUGGUUUAUAAUCUGACAAGGUCAUGAAGCUCAGUUUGGCUGUAAUUUAAUUCCCCUUCCCUGAUUUUUAUUUAUUUUUGUACCGUGCUGAUUAAAUAAAACGCACUGACCAUCCAUUACAUAGA